AUGCACAACUCAGACGUUAAAAUUUGCGAUUGCGUGACGCAAAUUCUAGUUAGUGUUACUGACAUCCAAUCAUCGUUUCAGAAUAUGGUAGGCGUUCAAGCCAGUCUUCCUUGUACCUGGACUUUAGGAGGUCAAGAUCAUGUUAUGAAAGUAGGAUGCCGUAUCUUUCCAAUUCCAUGCUUCAGUGAUUCAGGUAAACGUUGGCAUCCUAUUGUUUGUUCUAGUAAAAUGGACGAUGAUGCAGAUACAAAUGAUUCUGAUGAUGAUAUAAAUGAGGACAAAUCUUCUGAAUCAGUUAACAAUGAAAUUCUGAGAGAAAAUCUAGAAAGAAUUAUCGGUGUAGAUGAUUCUGCUUUUUCUGGGAUUGAUCUUGCAACACUUAUUAGGAAAAAAUACGGACGAUCAUAUGAUGUUCAGCUUAUAAAGAAGGAAUUCAUGGGUAAAAAUCUCCUUGCAUUGAAUGUCAUGUGGAAGUACAUGGAACAGAGAUCUUUUCCUCUGACUGAAGAAGAGUACUUGUUGAGGCUUGAUGACGUGGCGAAUACAUUGAAAUGUUGGGGAGCUGUUUCUCAUAUUCGAAACAGUUUGGAAAAAUUAAAAGAGCGACCUCGGAUUGGAAAGGCAGUCAGCAUCUUUAUAGACAUGGAUGAGAGUGGAGGGCGCACAAAUGAAUGGAUUUACAAGGUGACCAAGAAGGGGUUAUGCAUAAUCACUUGCAAAUGCAAUGCAAGAUGUCUCCGUGUCUUCAACAAAUGGUGA